AUGCAUUCCCACCUCCACACCCCGUAUAAUAUCAACUGCGAAGAAAUCAUGACUGCUCUCGACCAAUGCCACGCCCAGGGCUUCCUACACAAAGCUUUAGGGAACUGCAACGAUAUCAAGCGGGAGGUUAACCGCUGUUUAGCGGGUGAGCGAUACGAGCGAGCAAAGCGCAAUCGCGAUGAUGCGCGGGAGAAGAGGAAGCGCAUUGAGAAGAUCUGGGCUGAUGAAAGAGCUGUUGAGUCGGGUGUCCCGGCCGGCGCCCCAGGUAAUGCUGCGCCGGCUACUUCUGCGGGUGCGGAAACGCAAUGA